AUGACCCACCCACAUCAGACUCUUCUUUCUAAUGAUGUUCCAGGAACUCUGACAGUGAUUGCUGCCUUUUUGGUAACAUUCUUGACUCCAUCCCUGGAAGAGAUGGACCAGAAUCAACUCCUGAAUAAAAUCCAUGAGGACCACAGCACCAAUAUCAAUAUCCGUGGCAGCAUCGUUCUCAUUCAUGAUACUAAUCCUUGGAGUGAAUGGGAUGCCAUAUUGAAUUACAACCGUGGUUAUUUGGCUGCCAAACUGUUUAGCAAGAAGGCUUGUGUGCUAACCAAGAUGGACAAAAUUUUGUUCCCCAGUCUGGAAGUACUCCACAAAGCAUUGGAUAAACAGUUAUCUAGGAAUUAUGGCUCCUCACAAGGUCUUACCUACAUCAUUCUACCCCCUCGGAUUAAAAAUGUUGCUCAAUAUGGAAAAACUAUCACUGAUCUGUGUAGAGGGGUUCCUACAUACUUUGCACAUCAACACAUUGAGGGCACUGCUCUGGCACUAAAUCCUGAAUCCUGCUUUAAAGCACGAAUUUUUGCAAACACAUAUAGUUUUGGCAUCUCCAUCUGUGGGGAGAUUCCAGGUCUCUGAUGAGAAUUUUCAG